AUGUUUGCCAAGCUUGCUACUGUCUUCACCCUCCUCGCCCUCUCCGCCCACGUCGCCGUCGCGACUCCUCCGGCAUGUCUGAUUGCGGCUGUCAAGUAAGCGUCCACCUGGAAGAGCAUGUCACACCGCGGAUACGCGUGGCAGAUGUGCAUGCAGACACGGUGAGCGACUUGCUGAUACUCGUGCAGCACCCAAGAUGACCCGUCCGACUUGAAGAGCGUGUGCGGCGAUGGCGCGUCGGUGGUCAAGAAGUACAUCAGCUCCAACUGCGGCGACAGCCAGGAUGCCGCGAACUCGGCGUUCAUGGAUGUCUGCAAGGAUGCUGGUGUUACUGUCUGUGAGUAUAUGUCUUGCCGACUACAACAGCACGCCCCGAAGCUAAUGCUUUCGUAGCCUCCUCCGCCUCUUCGUCUGGCACCGCGACCAAGUCCGCAACCAAGUCCGCAUCCAGCUCUGCCUCCGUGAGCUCUGCCUCCGUGACUGAAUCCGCGUCCAAGGGAGUGACCUCAGGUAUUGCUACUAACAUCCCGAACGGCACUCUCACCGGAGGCUACGCUCCUAUUGGCACUGGUGCUUCUUCUGGAUUCAUGAGCCAGACCGCUAAUGGAACUUACUCAGCUCCCACUGCCUCCGCGACUGGCACCAGCCGCUACGGCUCCAGCGCUGCCACUCCCACCGAGAGCGGCAUCAGCACCAGCACUGGCGCCGCCUCCCGACUCGGCAUGGACCUCCUUGGCCUUACUGCUGUCGGUGUCUUCGGCGCCAUGCUUGCUCUCUAG